AACGCACAACUAGAGAUCGUCGGGAUUCACCUUGUCUAAUAUCAGUGUGGUGAAUAGGAUUGAAGAUGGGCGAGUGGGGCUUUUUGGCAUCACUUCUGGACAAAGUGCAGUCGCACUCCACCGUCAUCGGGAAAGUUUGGCUCAGCGUACUCUUCGUCUUCAGGAUUAUGAUCUUAGGAGCCGGCGCAGAGAAGGUGUGGGGCGACGAGCAGUCCAAGAUGGUUUGCAACACAAAUCAACCGGGUUGCAAGAACGUAUGCUACGAUCACGCCUUCCCCAUCUCGCACAUCCGCUUUUGGGUUCUCCAGAUCAUCUUCGUUUCUACGCCGACACUGAUCUACCUUGGCCACGUCAUGCACGUCAUCCACAAGGAGAACAAACUUCGUGAGAAAAUGCUCACGAGCACCGCGUCGUUGAAAAUUCCCAAGUACUCCGACGACAAAGGCCAGGUGAAGAUCAAGGGCGACUUGUUGGGGAACUACAUGACUUCCAUAGUCUUCCGCAUCAUCCUGGAGACGGCCUUCAUCGUGGGCCAGUACUACCUGUACGGCUUCAUCAUGGAGCCCCGUAUCGUGUGCAAACGGGAUCCGUGUCCGUUCACGGUGGAGUGCUUCAUGUCGAGGCCCACCGAGAAGACCAUCUUCAUCAUCUUCAUGCUGGUUAUGUCCUGCGUGUCAGUACUGCUCAACGUGGUGGAGGUCUUCUACUUGGCUUGCUCCAGCAGCGCGCGACGGAAAGCCAAAAUGGCCGCCAGGGGACUACGCUCGCCGUUGAAUAGCGGCGGGUUCACCAAGGCGUAAGGAAGUGGACAAAAUGGCCAGAAGAAACCGUGAAAAACUCUGAAAUGUCCUCCAAGAGCAAUGUCAUGGUCUUACAAGGUUAACUGAUUCUAAAUCAGUUACUCACUUAACUUGUAUAUCAAAUCAAAUUUUUCCCGUUGAAAUAUUUUGUUCAAGUUCUGACAAAUCGAAAGCAAUUUUUAAAACUAUAUCCGUGCCAUUGACAGUGAUGGACGUCCAAUCGUGUGCCUGUUUUCAUCGUUUUGCUGUUAAUUUAAAUGGGUUUACCUUAAUUUUUCGGACUAUAAGACGGUAUAUUUACACCAAAAGAUUUUAACCGGUAACACUUUAUUUAACUGGCAUCAUAAGACUGUCAUA